UUAUUGUUAAUUGUGCGCACCUUAUUUUACGACAUUCACACCGCCAGUUUACGACAUAAGCAGACACACGUGUUUGGAUUGUUUACCUACAGCAAAUUUUACUGAACUUUUUACCAAAAUUUAAUGCACAUCGAGGAGGCGAAGAAUAUGUUUUGGGGAGUUACUUUAGAUGGAGGUAAAAGGUACACACAAACUGUGGAGAGCUCAUUCCAUCUCUCCAUGGCAGCUCUGGAGCCAUCAAAAGGUAAAUCUGAUACCUUGGUAUCCAUCAUGAUUCAGCACGAGAAGGCUGAAUUCAUGUUGUGUACCCUACAGCAUGGCAAAACUUAUCAACAGCCAUUAGACCUCAACUUCACAGAGGGAGAAGAAGUUACAUUCUUCUUGACUAAUGAUAAAAGUGUAGUACAUUUAUCGGGAUAUCUGAUGGAAGAUGAUCAGUAUCCAGAUGACUUUGGAGAGAGCAUGAUGGACGAGUCAUCUGAAGAAGAAUCUGACGAAGAUGAAGCUCCAUCAUUAGUGAGUGACGACGAUGAAGGACAGAAAGUACCAGGUGGGAAAAAGAGAAAGAAAGAAAAGUUGAAGGCAGUAAAAAAGAAGAAGAUGAAAAUGGUAGAUUCAGAUGAUGAAGAUGAUGAUGAUGAUGAGUUUGAUAUUGAGGAUGACUUCGCUGAUUUUAUAGAUGACGAAGCUGGUGAAUCUGAAGAAGAAGAUGAAGAGGAUGAAGAUGAUGAUGAAAUAUUGAAACUUAAGAAAAAACCAACACCUCAGAAGAAAAAACAGAAAGACACACCUCAGAAAAAGAACCAAGGAAAACAGGAAACUCAAACUCCAAAGCCAACAGAAAACAAUUCACAAGAAGGAGAAGGAAAAAAGAAGAAGAAGAAGAAAAAGAAAAAUAAGAACAAAGAGGGAGAUGAGAAGACAAAUUCUACAGAAACACCAAACAAAAAAGAACAGCCCAAAAAACAAGUACUGGCAGGGGGGAUUGUUUCGGAAGAAUUAAAAGUAGGACAUGGUCCAGUGGCUCAACCUGGUAAAAUGGUACAUGUUUAUUACACUGGAAAACUUCAAAAGACGGGUCAACAAUUUGAUUCCUGCCAAGGGGGCAAACCUUUCCGAUUCAGACUUGGUAAGGGAGAAGUAAUAAAAGGCUGGGAUGUAGGUGUAAGUGGAAUGAAGGUUGGAGGCAAAAGAAAACUAGUAAUACCAUCUCAACAAGGGUAUGGUAACCAGAGACAGGGACCCAUUCCACCAGGCAGUACAUUAAUGUUUGAAGUUGAAUUAAAGUCAGUCAGCUAAAACUUACAGAAUUGUGUAGAUGCAGAAUGUGUUCAAAGAUAAUAUGAUACACUGUUAAGUUUGACAUUGGGCAUUAAUUGCUCUAAUUGAUGUAAAAGUGAAAGUAAUACGGUUUUACCUUGAGCAAGUCUGUGUGAAUGAAUGUCUGUUAACAUAUGUUUACUCAUGUGUGACACCAAAGUUUUAACAUAAGUUGUUUCUAGAUGAUGAUUUUUAAAUGUGAAGUAAACAUAGAAGUAUAUUGAUUUUAAUGUUGCAUGUCGGCUCAAAUGAAAGAAAUGUGUAAAAAAAAUUGCUGGAUGAAGAUUUUUAAAUGUGAAGUAACCAAAAGAAGUAUAUUGAUUUUAAUGUUGCAUGUCGGCUCAAAUGGAAGAAAUGUGUAAUAAUUCUGUCAUCACUAAUUACAUAUCUUGUAUUGUCUAUCUGAUUAUUUUUUUUUAUUAUUUUUUGAAUUUAUUUGAAAAGGACAUUUAGUUGUUUUCUCAAAUAAUAAUGCACCAUCCAAGAUGGCAAGCAGACGCUUUUUUAUUAUGUAUACCGGUAAUUGGAAAUAUUGCUUGAAUUAGUCAUCAUGUGAACAUUCUGGUAUGUUUGUAUUAAGUCUGAAUAUUUGUUUACAAGAUCAUAAACAUACUCCAAUAAGUACAUAAUGAUUGUUCUAUUGUUGGUCAAAGGUCAGCUUUUAUUAUUUUGAUAAAGCAGAUCACCAGUCAGUGAUAUUGUUUUCCUUAAAUUAACUGAGAACAAAGGCUUUUUCCCCGGGAGAAGAAUCCAAAUUUGAAAAAAAAAAAUGGCUCAAAAUUAUUCCCAAAAAGACAACUUUUUCCCAAACAGUGCAGUCUCGGUAGUAAAUGUGCAUGAAUACAAACUGAAAAACACUUAUUUAUACAUUUUUCAUGCCUAAAAUGACCAUAUGUGCAGAGUCUAUGUAUGUAUCAUCCCUGACAAUAAGGGGUCUUAUUUCAAAGCAGGGAUUGACUCUUUAAAGGGGGUCUGCAAUUGAAGUUUCAGUCAAAUUCAUGGUUUAUUUUUAAUUACUCAAUUUGAUAAAAAUGACGCAUAUUUUCCCCCCAAAAAAAGGGUAGAGGUAGUUUAGAAAAAAGCCAACAAUUUCACUGGCGGUUUUAAUCUCUGGGAAAAUUUAUUUUUAGCUAAGAAGAUAAUAGCAUCAACAGUUGUAUAGGUAAAGUUUGUGUCAGGUCAAACUCCCGAGAGAAUGUCUCUGUUGUAACAGUCAAUUGAUAGUUGGUGUGUGGUGCUAUUAUGAAUAUCAGAUUGAAUUGUUUUUUGAUGUAUGCUACGGAUAUCUGUUCUUCUGAUUUUAUUACAUAUUAAAUAAUUACUAUUUUA